UCUUAUUCAGGGUAAUUAUAGUUAAUUGGUGGUGUCACCAUUUGUAAGAUGCACUUAUUUUUCAAUGGAAUUAUUUAAUGACCUGAAUUCACUUAAUCACCUUGUUGGUACUAAUGGGCAAACAAAGCUUGCUGAAGUGUUGAGGCUUUCCAUCCAAUUGUAUUAUACUGCAGGUUCAUUACUCAAGGCUUUGAUCAACAUAGUGUACACUAGUGGCACAUUUUAUAGUUGUCCCACACCCCAUAGCGCAUUCGAAGAGUAGCCUUUUUGUCUUCUACCGAAACCAAUACAGAACCAAUCGGGUUGUUUGAUGAAACAAAGCUUCAGAUGUCAUUGAUCAUGUGCUUCUGAUAGUUAUACAGGCAUCGGCACACUGCUUUGAGUUUAGGUAUGGCAGCAACACAAUUUGAAAAUGGACCACAUGUGGCAGCAGGGCACAUUGGGCCACACCAGCCAGUUCCUCAGCCCAACCCUGGCACAUGGCACCCAGUGCAUGGACCCGAAGGAUCAGGGCCCCAUCUGACCGAUCAUCAGCCCCAUCCUCAUGUGCACCAGUAUCGACCAUACUUCUAUGUGCAGCCCCCUCCUCCUCUCCCCCUCUACCACUACCAGUGGCCCAUGCCCUACAACCCCUGCUCUGGAUUCCCAGGUUACGGUAUGCCGGGAAUGGUUAUGCCACCUUUCCUUCCCCACCCAUACAUGGAGGUUCCAGGUUAUGUUCUUCCUCAUUCCCAGCUGCACCCUGCAGAAUACAGACAAUACCAAUUCCCUCCUGCUGCCAUGGCCUACCAGAACAACAGCAGGAUGUCCAGAACAUUUUACCACAACGCCACACCCAUAGAGAUGGUCAACUCUGAAGUGCAGACUGAACCACCACCUGAAGUGGUGAAGGAUGGUUCCCCCUUGGCUAGACCACUGGCUAGGUCAGACUUUGGAAGAGGCACCAACUCUACCACCCCCUCAUCUCUAAGCUCCAAAGCAGAGAAACAGAGCUGCACAGAAGAACCUAAUUCCCCCAUUGCCUCCAAAACUGGAUUCCAGGGGAUGGUGAGGAGCCAGGGUACUGGCAAAGACACACCUGCAGGAAAAAAGACCAUCCACUCACGUAGCAUCUCUAUAGAGUGGAUGACACAGAAUGGACUGAUGGCGCCAGAAGAUGUGGCACAAGAGUUGUCUGAAAAAGUGUCAGAUGAUCAUCCUAAUCAAAGCCAGAUGUCAUUUUAUAGUCAGGUACCGAACAAGUUGAAUGAGUCCGUAUGGUCAGUGCAGUCUUUGGCCCCGUAUGUCCCCUCCAAAGAGUUGCUUAUGGAGAACGGCAUUGUGGUGACUGAGAAAGAAGCAGAUCCUCCCAACAUCAUUCAAGACCUCACAGCCAGUCAGGUCAUAGUUAUAACAGAGAGGAGGAGAAGUCUAAGGUUUUCGCUGACUUUAGAAAAUGUGAAAGAGGCUGAGAAAAUGGCUGAUGCGAAUACUUCUUCAUGCCAAGAGUCCUUCCAUUAUAGCCAAAUACAGCAAAAGGCUAAUGCGUCUUUUUGGUCAGUGCAGUCUUUGGCGCCGUAUGUCCCCUCCACAGAGUGGCUGAUACAGAAUGGGCUUUUGGAUCAUGAAGCGUCAACUGCGAAAGAAUCAGAUGCGAAUGUCAGUCGAGGCCACACAGCUAGUCAGCUGUUGGCUAUAACCGAGAGAACUCAAAGGUUGUCCCUGUCAUCGGUAGACACACUUCCCCCUUAUGUUCCCUUUUCUUGUUUGCCUGCCGACAUGGGAAAAAUGUACUACAGAAAGCAUCAAGUAGGCACUGCAGAGCAUAAGCAAGUUUUCAGCACGCCAAUGGAUAAAUUCAUCCCAUCAAAGAGGCUGAACGCUGAAGCUCUUCCCAGUAUUAAAAGGCAGCUCAAACUUAGCCACAACCUACACAUGGAGCUUGUGGGAAAAGCCAAUGUGUAUGGUUCUCCUACAAGCCAAAGUGCAAUGAUCCCAAGUGUUGAAGGAUCAUUGAAUAGCACUCAAGGGUCAGUGAAACCCAAGGCUCAACGUAGCCCAAAUCAGAAGGCUCUGGAAGUUACAGAGCCCAGGGUCCUGAGUCCUCCCUGCGCUCCAGAUGACCCUGAAACAUAUUCCUCCAAAUGCCUAGCAGGAGACAAAGCGCCUGGCUGCAGUUGUACGGGUCGCUGCAACCAGGAAAUGGAGGCAGAGGUGAUGGAACCUGCCAAACAGACUGGGCCUAUUGUACCCAGUCGACAGGACUGCGAGCAGAUUGCGGAUGUUAGGAUGCCAACGGCUCCCUCAUCAAACGGACACUUUAAGACGUGUGGUCUGAUGUGUUCAAAGCUACAGGAGAGGAACUGCUACUGUGAGGCGCCGAAGCCAAACGGAGUGAGUUUCAGGAAGCGCCCCACAGGCAGACUGAAUAAGGGAAAUGUGGCCAAGAUGGCCGCCGAUCUCAUCAAGCCUCAGGCGCAGCAGCGUUUCAUUCCACAGAAUCAGAGAAGACAGAUGGAUUCCAGGAGAGCAAACAAGGCCAUGCCUGAUCAUGUAACUUGUGAUAAUGGAUAUGGGCUGAACAACUCAAAGAAAUGGGGACGAUGGCAAAAUAGACCACAGGACAGAGCACAGACUAACCCAUCAAACAAGCCUUUUGGACAGCAGAACACCCAGAGGAAUGGUGACGAAGACCCCUGGACUGGGUAUUAUGGCAGAUCUGGUAAAACAAGAGGAGCAAAUGGAAGAAACCCAAAGUAUUGACUGACCAGAGACUGUCAACAAAUGACAAUGAAGACAUUUUUAAUAACCCUAUUUUAUAGGCCUAUCUAAAAUAAACGUGUUUUUUUUUUCAAAUUAACUCCUUGAAWUUUGAAGUGGUGGAGGAAUUUGAAAUUAAAAGUAGAAACUGUUCAUGAAAUGGGGCUUAUGAUCAGUAAGGGGAUCUGGACUCGUCAUGACUGCUGAACUCUAUAAAGACUUCACAAAAGCAAGAUUUAUUCACUAUCGAUUGCAAAAGGCACAGCAGAUUCAUUGUCAAGGAGUCCCAAGUGAAGGAUGAAUUUAAAUAUUCCCAUAAAGGUUAUCAAAAAAGUAGUCUACCCAACACUCCUACUGAUAGGGCCGUGACGUUGCCUACCCACCAUGUGGUUGGUAAGCGUGGCUAACUUCAGACGGGACAAUGUUUUGACUGCACACAGGAGAUCGAGGGUCUAUGUUUAACUUGAGCAAAACAAGCAGGCUACCACAAGAAUCAGCGCUGCUGGAAAAUGAGACAGCAUUCGAUCCCAGUACUUUUCAAUCUGUUUACCAGAUAUCUUAAUUAGUUCACGUCAUACAAACAAAUGUUUUGAAACGGAAAAGGAAGCUGCCGUUUCUUGUUGGACAAGUUAACCUAGUAUCUCCCACAAUUUCAUCCUGUUUGCCUCUGUGUAGUGAAUACAACCCUGUCCCCCUUCAUGCUCGCUGCGACAGUCAGUGGUCUCCUAGCUACAGCCUACAGAGUCAUCAACCACACCUCUCAACUUAAUUUGGUUGCACCAGCACCUCGUUGAACCUGUUAUUUGACUCUCCACUUGGUUUCUUUCUUUGAU